UCCCCCUGCAGGUAUUCUUGGCGUCACCAGCUGAGGGAGUUUAAAAGGGAAUACCGAGCUGUAGCACUGGAUUUGAGAGGCUAUGGAGAAACAGAUGCCCCCACUCACCAAGGUCAUUAUAAACUGGACUGUCUCAUUACAGAUAUAAAGGAUAUUGUAGACUCUUUAGGAUACAGCAAAUGUGUUCUUGUUGGUCAUGACUGGGGGGGCCUGAUUGCUUGGCUAAUUGCCAUCUGUUAUCCGGAAAUGGUGAUGAAGCUUAUUGUAAUUAACUUUCCUCAUCCAAAUGUAUUUACAGAAUAUAUUUUACGACACCCUGCCCAGCUGUUCAAAUCCAGCUACUACUACUUCUUCCAAAUACCAUGGUUCCCAGAAUUUAUGUUCUCGAUAAAUGAUUUCAAGGCUUUGAAAUAUCUCUUUACCAGUCACAGUACUGGCAUUGGAAGAAAAGGAUGCCGGUUAACAAGAGAAGACCUUGAAGCUUAUAUUUAUGUUUUUUCUCAGCCUGGAGCAUUAAGUGGCCCCAUUAACUACUACAGAAAUAUCUUCAGCUGCCUGCCUCUCAAACAUCACAUGGUGACCACUCCAACACUACUACUGUGGGGAGAGAGAGAUGCAUUUAUGGAGGUUGAGAUGGCUGAAUUCACAAAGAUUUAUGUUAAAAACUAUUUUAGGCUAACCAUUCUGUCAGAAGCCAGCCAUUGGCUUCAACAAGACCAACCUGACAUAGUGAACAAGUUGAUAUGGACAUUUCUAAAAGAAGAAUCAAGAAAGAAAAAUUGAUUUUCUUACGUCUUCUCUGAGGAGUCCGCAAUGAAACCUCUCACGUCUAACAAUUGUCCACUAACUUCUUUAAGCUUUGUUGGGGACAAACUGUUUUAGGAUGCUUUGUCAUACAUAUACUGACAAAACGGUAUCGAAAAAAAAACCCUGAGCUUGUGUCCACAUGGGAUAUAUUUACUAUUGAUUUUCUCCACUGUAUUUUGCACAGGAAAGCACCUGCCUUAAACACCGUUUAAAAAAAGGUUGGGGAAAAUGACUUGGUUAUGGUUUAUUGCUUUCUUUUACCUUGUUUACAUAUGGUGCCUUUUUCAAAUAUACAUUGAAGAUUAGCUGUGCCAUAUUAAAGACAGCCCUGCAGCGGUAUACUUUCUCAUUUUACUGUUUUGAAGUUCUUUUUACUAUUUUUUAAUCAUUAAAAGAUUCUAUUACCAGACCUUUGCCUGUUUAUCAUUAAACCUGCUCCUUAUAGAUGAAAAGAGCUAAAAUACUUCUUUAAAUUUAAAGCUGAGACACCUACUGCAGGCAGAAACAAGUAUAUUCCAAAAUCCUCUCUAAAGUCAUUGCAUUCCAUUUGGAUUUCUAUUACUUCCAAGGUUGCAAAGUAACCGGCAACUUAGGUGUAUCAUCCGUUUGCUACCUGUUCUUAUAAUCCUUAUCUUCUGCCCAGUCCUGCAAGUUAAGUUUGUUUUAGUAAGUACAAAAAGUCUAAAAUGCUGCAAAUUUAACUAGCAUAAAA